ACGUACCUUCCUAUACACAGUUACUUGUAAAGGUUCUCAUCUAAAGGGGAAUAUACUAACGGUUUUCAUACAGUGUUAGAGAAACAGCUAAAGUUAUAAAGAUGUUUGUCAACUCAUCUUGAUAUGCCAGCAGAUUCAAAAAGCUAAAAAACUAAAUUGCUUCUAAAAGAUAUUACGUCAUUUAUUUCAAAGUUUCACAUCAUAACAACACGUAAAGUUUAACAUAUCUUGAGUGACCAAAAUAUGGCUGAAGAGCCAAAAAAUGAGCUUCGCGAAGUCCUCGUGCAGAAAGCCUUUGAACUGUUUAACGUAUGUGACAAAGAAGAGAAAGGAUUCAUAACAAAGCGAGACAUGCAACGACUGAGGGGAGACCUCCCCCUGACACCAGACCAACUGGAGGAAGUAUUCGAUACCUUGGAUGAAGACCAUAACGGCUAUUUGACCCUAGAGGAGUUCACUGACGGUUUUGGAAUGUUUCUUGGUUUUGACACCCAGCCUCAAAGUAAAAAAGAUAAGAAUAUGGAGGAGGAUUAUGAGUCCUUUAAGACUAGCAAUACAACAAUAGAAGAAGAAGAUGAAAACGAAGAAGAACAGUUUCAGGGACUUAUUGAUCAACUUGGUGCCCAAAACCUGUUUAGCGAUGAGGAUUAUAUUCGCCAGCUAUGGAACCAUCUUCGUAAGGAUGACUCAUCAAUGCUUUCAAACUUCGAGGAAUUUCUGUCAAAAGUCUCCAAAGAACUAAAAAAUGUCCAAAAUCAGUAUACGUCACUAGAAACAACCUUAAAAAACCGUACAAACCUGCACGAUGAACAUGUCAAGAACUUGUACGAAGAAAUGGAACAGCAAAUGAAAGCAGAAAAAGAUCAGCUUUUAUUAGAGGAGAAAAACCGGGAGAAACCCUCUUUGUGUUUACUGAGAAGCUCUUGGAGCUGCUUGUUCUUCGAGUUCAACUCAUUCUCUAACUCUUCCCUGAUCCAUCGGUGGCAUAAUUCACACGCUUUAUUCAUGGAACAACAGUUACUGGAGUUAAACACCACUGACGUUGUGGCAAAACAAGAAAACGUCAAACUCCAAAAGGAAAGAGAUGUGUUGGAAAAACGGCUAGAAGAGUCAGAACAAAUGGUCAUCGAAAUGCAAAAUCAACUCGAUUAUCUUCGGCAGCAGAACUUAGAAGAGAAGAGAAAACGGGCAAAAAAUGUUAACAAACAUCUUCUGGACAAGAAAGACGAAGUGGUAUUAAAAACAGGCCAAAGUUAUGAUGAACCAGACGGUGAAAAAUUGUCUGAAAUAAUUGAACAUGAGAAGUAUUUAACGACUGAGAAACUUCAAGAAACGAUAGCGCCACCUACUUUGGGUAGUCGAAAAUUUCUCAAAAAACAAGGCAGCGUAAUGUCUGAUUAUAUAAACGACAACGACUCAUCAAACCUGUCGUCCCCUCGUAGUCCGCUAGGUGAAGUCCGCGCGAAUUCGCCCAGUGAAAUUGAGGAUGACUUUGAAGUAGACGAUUUUUAUUUUGAAAACAACCCUGAAGUUUCUAAAGAAAACCUCAUCCAAAAUAAUUUAAACUUGCGAGUACCUGCUAAAAAUAUCAAUACUACUGCGAUCAGGCCAUCGCGAGGUAGCACUUCGGAAAAUGAGGACGAGAGUAUGAGCAGUGAACAUGAAAUUACGUCACUUCCUAUGAAGCCUGAAAGGCGGCUUUACAAAAGACGACAACCGAAAGAUAACAGUUAUUGUGAAAAAUCACUGAAAUCAACUCAAGAGUCAAUUCGAGAGAAAACGUUUAUACAUAACAAUCUAGACCAAGAACGAAAGCAAGCAUUAUGGAAGGUGAAAUACGUGGUUUAUCCCGCUGCCAUUUCAGAGACUCAAGCUACUGAGGGAAGAGACAACUGGAAAGUGAAGCGGACCUUCAGUCCAGUUUUGGAUGGACAAGGUAUAUGUUACUCUUCUCCUGACCACGAGGAAACGUGGAAAACCAAACGUAACCUCAAUCAUGCUCUAACUAGCAGUGAUCUACCAGAAACAGAAGAAAAGGGUCAUUGGAAGGUGAAGCUUUUUCUUUUUCCCGCUACCAUGGUUACUUUAAAACUACCCGAGGAGGAACAAAGCGAAGACGAGGAGACGCUUCCUGAAGAAGCCAGUCCGGAAAGGAUUUUUAAAAUCGUUUUUAUCGGAGAUUCGGGUGUAGGUAAAAGCAGCUUUAUUCACCGGUUCUGCCACAAUACUUUCAAAGCUACCUUCAGUGCUACCAUAGGGGUAGAUUUUCAAGUGAAGUCAAUUAAUGUAGAUGGCCGUGUGGUGGCGCUUCAGCUGUGGGAUACGGCUGGACAAGAAAGAUUCAGAAGCAUUACCAAGCAAUAUUUCAGGAAAGCUGACGGGGUUAUUAUUAUGUACGAUGUAACAUCUGAAAUGUCUUUUAAAAGCGUUCGAAGUUGGAUAUCUAGCGUUCAGGAAGGUGCUGACGACAAAAUCGUUCUAGUGCUUAUAGGAAACAAAACGGAUUUAUGCGAAAAGGAGGAUGAUCGGGUAAUUCAAAUAAAAGAUGGAAGUCGGCUAGCUGAGGAAUUCGAUGCCUUAUUUUACGAAACAAGUGCCAAAUCUGGAAUAGGAGUGGAAAAUGCAAUUCGAGGAAUGAGCAGUCUUCUACGGGCACGAGAAGAUGAAGAGCUAGAACGCGUCUUGCGGCUUCAAGAAGAUGCAAAGAAGAAAAAGUGUUGCUAAUAUCGAACCGUUUUUUUUUUCCUGACUAUUAACACAUUUGUCGAAAAUUAUGAAUUUAGCGUUAGAAAAGUUGGCAUCUCGCUGAAUUAAAUAUACAAUUCUUUAAAUUGCUUUUAAAAUAAAUAAGUUGUAUGUCCCGUUUUUAGUUCCCAGUUGAAAGCUUAGACAGUGUUUUGGAAGCAUUUAUCUGUUACUAAUUUCAUCACCCUAUCAAUUGAUAAAACAGUUUCAAUUCAUCAUUUAAAAUCAAUCAUUAUCGUACUAUAAAACAAAUGUUUCCAAACUAUUUCUUGCAACAUCUUCCCUCUAAGAAAUAUAUGAAGGAGAUUAUUACUUUCUCAAUAAUAGUUUGAUAAAAAACUUAAUUAAUCUAUGGUUGUUGGAAACAAGCAAUAAUGCAAUAUAUCUUUUUAAAUGUAGAGUAUUUUAUAACAGUUAAGUAAUUUUGACUUUUUAAUUUUAUGUUUAGCUGUAAUUUUGUUAAUAUUAUCAUUAAAACUGUUUCAACAUCACGCUUUAAAACUAACUGUUGGAAUUAAGCAAUAACGUAACAUGUUAAUUAUAGUAUUUUGGCACUUGUGUAUAAAGUUAAAAUCAUGUUUAGCUGUAAUUUUGUUAAUAUUAUCCAUUAAAACUGUUUCAACAUCACGCUUUAAAACUAACUGUUGGAAUUAAGCAAUAACGUAACACGUUAAUUAUAGUAUUUUGGCACUUGUGUAUAAAGUUAAAAUCAUAAAUAAUAUUCAACGUUAAACUGGUACACAAUUAAAAACAUCUUAUUUAGGCCUAUCUAUGGCCUUCAAAAAGUUGACGACUC